CGACCACGACUGCGGCGUACGACCCUCGUUCGAAUCGCAGUUAGCUGCCUUAUAUUUUAAGGGAGCAAAGCAGCUUUCUGAACCCACAGAAUAUGGCACCACUCCCGCUCACCAUUUACCGCGGCAUUUCGCCCUCUUUCCAAUGGCCUAUCAAAUUUUGUCUGUACAACAGCGCUGCUGCCUUCAUAUUGUCCAUCAUCACUGGCAAUGUCUCUCAAGUCGAUAGGGUGUGGACAUUCUUGCCUACCAUAUACACCGCCUACUUCGCGUUACUCCCUCUGUGGCCUAGCAAGCCCCGUCUGUUCUUCUGGCCAUAUGUGCCCGAAACAAUCGACCCGGCGGUUGCGCAGAACUACAGCCCUAGGGCGCUACUAAUGUUCGGUCUCGUGUUCAUCUGGAUGUGCCGACUAUCAUACAACACGUGGAGACGUGGCCUUUUCAACCUGAACGACGAAGACUAUCGUUGGGCCAUCCUCCGCCAGAAGGUCCCUGCUUGGCUGUUCCAAGUCAUCAACUUUGUCUUCAUCGCCUUCAUCCAGAACGUCAUCUUGUUCCUGCUCGGUAUACCCACUCAAAUCGCGGCAGUUCAGCAGCCAAGUGCUCUAAGCACCUCCGACUACAUCCUCGCUACCCUUGCCCUCGUGGACAUUGCUACCGAGUUUGUCGCCGACAACCAGCAGUACUCGUUUCAGACGUACAAGCGCCUUGGUGUCCACGAAAAGAACGAGUGGCCGGGAGCGCGUAUCAAGUGGACCCCCGCCGACGCCAAGCGCGGUUUCGUGACGCGUGGUCUGUGGGCUUGGUCCCGUCACCCCAACUUCUUCUGCGAGCAGAGCUUCUGGGCCAUCAUCAACCUCUUCCCCCUGCUUGCGCCGGAGUCGCCCCGCCUCGCACCCUCGUCGCUCCAGAGCGUUACUCCCAUCUGGCCGCUGAUUCCGUCGAUCGUGCUCUGCUCGCUGUUCUUCUCGUCAACGCGCUUCACCGAGAGCAUCUCGAUUUCGAAGUACCCGGAAGGCUACCGCGCCUAUCAGAGCCGCGUCGCGAUGUUCGCCCCCUUCUUGACUCCCGUGUGGGGUCUCCUUCUCCAGCUGCAGGGAAAGAAGGAAAAGGUCGACCGCCUGGUGUACGGCCAGGACGUCGCCGAGGAGCAGAAGAAAAUCCAGUGAUUUUCCGAUUGUGUGUUGUUUCCUUGGACUGAAUCGUGUAUCUUUCCCGCCUAGUGUCCUUGUCGUAAUGAU